CACACACCGAUCCGAACAGAUUCAAGGAGGACCCGGUCGAAUUCGUUAGCCCGUCUCCAUACCGAUUCUGGACCGCCCGAACAACUUUGGACAUCUGUUGACGGCUUCCGCCUUAAUGCGAUCUUAACAACCCUCUUCCGCUUCCGUCUCAACUUCCCACAGCAUCCUUCGCCGUUGGAAAAGGGGUCACUGUUGAUAUGAAGUCUACCUUGGCCACCCUGCUGGCCCUGGCCUCAGCAGCCGUUGCCGAGAAUGGUGUCCUCAACUUCCCUCUCAACAGAGGCAUGCCUCAUUUCAGGGUCGGCAAUGUGCGUCAGAACGUCAAGCGCGACACCUACAGCCAGGCCCUGAUCAACAACAUCACCGGCGGUGCUUAUUAUGCCGAGGUCACUGUGGGCACUCCGGGCCAGAAAGUCAGCGUUGUGUUGGAUACGGGGAGCAGUGACCUCUGGGUUGUGAGCUAUAAGGCGGACUUGUGCACCGACUCUUCGAUCCAACGUAAAUCGGGGGAUUCGUGCGACAAGACCUACAACCCGAACAAGAGCUCUUCGUACAAGGUCCUGCUGGAGGGUGGGUUCGAGAUCCGGUACCUCGACAAUAGCACUGCCGCGGGUGACUACAUCACGGACAACCUGAACAUCGGCGGAACCACCAUCAAGUCCCUGCAGAUGGGCUAUGCGACCAAGACCGUCCGCGGCGCCGGCAUCUUGGGCGUGGGAUACUCCUCCAACGUGGCUUCCACCCAGCGCUACCCCAACCUGAUCGACCAAUUCGUAGCGCAAAAGCUCAUCACCACCAAGGCCUACUCUCUCUACCUCAACGACCGCCGCAGCGACACGGGCGGCAUCCUCUUCGGCGGCAUCGACAAGGACAAGUUCAUCGGCGACCUGUCGAUCCUGCCCAUCUACAUGGCAAAGGGGCAAGCCGAACCCAUCCACUUCGAAGUCGAGAUGCAGAGCGUCUCUCUCGACCUCACAAAAAACGGCAAGACGACCAAGAUCAUCUCCACCGACCCCUCCCUCAGCCAGACCUCAACCAUCGCCAUCCUCGACUCCGGCACCACCCUCUCCUACCUCCCCACCAAAAUCACCGACCAGAUCCACGCCAAGCUCUCCGUCUACGUCGACGACAUCUGGACCGGUCUCACCUUCAUCGACUGCAAGUACCUAACCUCCAACCCGGACCUGCGCCUCUCCUUCACCUUCGGCUCCAACGCCACCGUCUCCGUUCCCGUCUGGGAACUCGUCCUCGACCUGCUAGGCGAGACCCAAUCCGAGCUCCCCUUCAAGUUGCCCUUCCAGCGCGCCUGCAUCUUCGGCAUCCAGAGCACCUCCGGGUUUCAGGAGGACGGGUUCGAUGAGGACUGGGCCCUCCUCGGCGAGACCUUUUUGCGGUCUGCCUAUGUUGUGUACGACCUCACCCACCACCAGAUCGGCAUCGCGCAGGCGAACUUGAACAGCACGACGACGGAUAUUGUUGAGCUUACGGGGGCGGAUGGCGGGUUGCCGAGUGGGUUGACGGGUGUUAAGGAGCAGCAGACGAGCAAGGAUCCAUCGGGCAAUGCGGAAUCUGGAUCGGGUUCUUCUACGGAUGAGGACGGCGCGAAGGAGACGGAGACGGUCACUGCUGGGUCUACCACCGCUACGGGGACGGCUGCUUCGGGGGCUAAGGAGUCGGAUAGUGCUGCGGCUGGGUUGAGUGCUAAGGGAGGCGCUGCUGGUGCUUUGGCCGUUGCUGGGCUGACGGGCUUCUUUGCCCUUGUCGGAGGAGCAGUUUUUGCCCUAUAGUUGUAUACACAACAUACACUUAGGCGGACAGACCUUAACUGCAGAUAUAUACGGCGGUUGUUGUUUUGGAUAUAGAGACAACUGCUUAUUGCUUACCUUGGAUAUAAGGGGCAGUUAGUUGGUAGUAGCGUAAAUAGCGGUUACUGUACAUAACCACCAGCGCAAAAUACGGUACUGCCUCAGAAUACCUAAUCAAA